AGGACCUCCCAGAACCAGCUAUUCAUACAAUUACAUACAAAUUUCCUCAUUUGUAGCUCUCCUAUACCUGCAGGCGCGACCAAAUCGCGCGUAGCAUCUUAAAAACCAAUCAUACGUAAUAUGUUGGAAUGUUGAGCUGUUUUUGAAUCCCCAACCCUACUAUCCCAGAAACCACUAUGUCCUCCUGGAAGAUCGCGCGGAGGCGUUUAGCCUCUUCGCUCUUCUUCCUGAGUCUCGUCCACAACGAGCAGACCCAGUCUGCCGCCGCGCAGUACACUCACCCGGCGGUAUUGAGAGGAAAAAUCCCCCCUCCCCAUAUCGAAAAGGUAUCUUUCCGAAAAUUUCUGUUGCUGACUUGAGGUCACAAAUCACAUUUGUCUUGCAAGAAGACAAGGGCAGAAGCUUCCGCCCCAUUAUGGAAGCGAUUGGUCAUGCUGUUGGGUCUAAAGGUCAGCCGUUUGCAAUGCUGACCAACUAGAUCCAUACGCCCCUCCCUAACCUGGGGAUCUGGCCGCAGUGCCUUCCUGCAAUACAAAUCUGAUUUGUGUACGCAAAUCCAGCAUCACAGACUUCCCUUUUGAUAUGGGGAGGGGGGAUUUUUCCUUUUCAUAGGCGGAGACGCGGCGGUCGCUCACCGCCGAGGAGGUUUUGAAGGCGAACCUUUUAUCAAAUGUAAAAAUGUCUGGGUCUGGAAGAAUACGAGAUUUGUGAUGCAGGUUUUCCAUGACCCAUGAGGUCUGGAAUGCGAGACCCAGCAUGACAGAUUCUUUUAGGGCUCUAUCAUGCCUUUCCUGCAUGAGAAACUCCCUCUCAACUUGGUCAAAAGGAGACAGCUUUUGGCACUCAUGCAACACAGAUUUCUGCAUGAUUCGGAUUUAGCAUGACAAGUUGCAUUCUUCCAGACCCAGACAUUUUUACAUUUGAUACCUUUUCAAGGGGUACCAAGCCGACUCCCGGCCGAUCGACCAGCUGGCGCUGAACGACAUCCGGACUUCCUCGGGGAACUUUACCCUCCCCUCCGUGCCCGCGACCAACGUGCGGAUCCAGAUCUACGUGCAAGCGCUGGAGAACUUGGACCAACUCGACGGCACCAUCCGGAUCGCGAUCUGGCUGCGGCAGAAAUGGACGGACCACCGCCUGGUCUACCCGCAGUUCCUGAACGUCACCACCGUGAUGGGGACGCCAGAUUUGAUCGCCAGCGGUGACCCGAACUCGUUCAAGAUCGUGAACGAAGAGGACGCCACGGUACUGCAGUCGCUGGGGUAUACACUGGUGACCCGGCAGGUGGAAACGCCUGCGAUGAUCUCCGUACCCACCGACCCGAUUCAGGGCCGGUCGGUCUGGGUGCCGGACCUAUCAAAUGUAGAAAUGUCUGGGUCUGGAAGAUUCUGAGACUUGUCAUGCGCGUUUUGUAUGAGCCAUGAUGUCUGUGAUGCAUGCCCUAGCGUCACAGAUUCUUUGAGGAGUUGUUGAUGCCUAUUCCGCAUGGCAAAUGCCCUCUUCGCGUAGCAAAAAACGCGUUCCCUUGGCUGCUCAUGCAAUACAGAUUUUUUGAGAAUUAUGGCGAUGGCAGAAACUUUUUGCUUCAAAACUUUUUUUUUUUUGGGCAUGCGAAUCACCCAGCGCGAAAAGUAGCCAUCUUCUCAGCGGCAAAUAUCUCACGCAUGAGCGCGCCGGCUUUGUGCCUCUCUGAAGCUCGUUAGCCUGUAAGCAGAAACAAGGAAAACUUCGCCGGCGGUUGCGUCCCGGAAUUGGUCCGUGACGGCAUGCGCAGGAGCCGGAUAGCCACCGCAUGGGAUGGCACUGGUCGAAUAAAAGAAAUACGCAGCCAAACCGUGGCCGUUUGUGCCGCGGUCCGUGGCAAACAGCCGGCCCGUGCCCCGGCAGGCAAAAAAUGUGGUCAUACUCGGCUGUCAAACAGUUGAAAGCUAAGCGCGACGGCGCCGACGACUUAGCCGCCGCGGAUACGCAGCGACUUCGGGUUUUGGUCUCGGGCCAGCCCUUUUCAGCCCCGGUUGCUUUGCAAAGAGCAAAAGAAUCUUGUGUCUCCGGAAGCAAGCAAAAGCUUUCAAGGGGUACCCCCAGAGGCACCCCCAAACCCCCCCCCCUUUUUGGGUCUUCUCAGAAGGGUGCUCCCCAUUGGUAUCUCCACGAAGGGGGGUCCCCCAAACCCCCCCCCCCUCAAGGGGGGGCCCGAGCCCUCUUUUUGCUUCCGCAAGUUUGCAGCUUUUCAAAAGCAAUGUCAGGAAAAAUGAUCACGCGAACCCCGCAAGGACGGGCUUUACACAAUCGGGCCCGGAAUAAACUGGGCGACUUUAUUGGCUCUGUACGCCUACACUGUCUGUGCCUCGCAGAGUACUUUGGAAGCUAUGGCACGCCAGGCCCCCUGGCCAUGCUCGUUUGAGAUUGCCGCUCUUGUGCGAACAGUCAGCAUUGCGCUGCCAAAUCCUGAACUAGUUCUCGAUACGCCAAGGCCGCGGCAGGGGACCUAGCUGUCACGCACCUCGAGGCCAAAGGGCUCAGGGCGAAUCCGUGACGCAGCCGACGGGCCGGCGGGCCUUGUGCCUGUAUUCAGACUAGCUAGCUCAGCCUACAGAAAAAGCCGCCCUGCUCAUGCGCGGAAUAUUCACCGCCCAGAAGGUGUCUGGUUUUCAUGAUGAAUGAAUUGCAUGCCCAAAAAAAAAAAAGUUUUGGAGCAAAAAGUUUCUGCCAUCGCCAUAAGAAUCCAAAGGCAGCAUCACAAGUUCCAGAGUUGCAUUCUUCCAGACCCAGACAUUUUUGCAUUUGAUAGGACCUGUUACUGUACAACACCGCGGAAAAACCGUUCGACAACCUCGUGCAGAGCCAAGCGAGCUUGUACCGCAGCGGGCUUGUGAUCUGGAGUCGACCGGGGAUGACGAAGGUACUGAGGUUUGCUUCAUUUACUUAUGCCUGUGUCGUGAACGUUUUUCUUUUUUCGUUUCAGAAGUCGCCGCAGCUAUCACGAUGGUGUCGGAAAAAUAUCUCCUUGCCAUGUUGUACGCUUUCUUGAAUGAUGUUGUCGUACGUACAUAUAGAGAUUUUUGUUGUAUCAAACCGCAGGCACUGUGCAACUUCAAGCUGGCCGAUUUUCCCUACGACACGCAAACCUGCGAGUACAAGAUGGGCAGCUGGGGCUACGACGCCGGCGCCCUAAAGCUGCUGCCCUACGACACCUCCGCACCAAAUGACGACUUCACAUCCGGCGUGGACAUCAACGCGCAGGAGGUGAUGGUCAAUUCGGAGUGGAAAAUCGCGAGAACAAAAGGGUAUUUGGUCUCCAAGCUCUGGAACUGCUGCCCUUUCCCGUACGAGACGUUCCACUUUUCGUUAGAGGCCGAGCGGCAGUCGAAGGUCUACACGGCGACUUUCGUCGUCCCGGGUGUGAUUCUGUUGCUGAUGAUGCUGCUCCUCGCCCCCUUCAUCCCGUGGCAGAGCGGGGAACGGGUGGGCUACAUGGUCACACUGAUGCUUGCUCUCGUGGUGUUCUUGUUGAUGGCGGAGGAGCACCUGCCGAAGGGGGAGGAAUCAACCUGGUUGUCGAAUUACCUGAUGGUGUUGUUCUACAUCGCCGUCGCAAUUCUGGUUUUUAUCAUCGCGCUGACCCGGUUCGAGGUGUGGCGCCACGACAAGGCGGAGGAACAAGAAAAGCACCACCAGACCGAAUUGCUGGAGCAACAAACGAAGUUGCUGAAGGAGUCGAAUUCCCGCGGCAAUCUCGGCGCAGCUUCCGGGAAGGCGCAGGGCUUUAUGUCGCGCGGCGCGAGCCUGUGGGGACGGACGAUGAGUAAGCUGAAACAACAAGCUUCGUCGAAGACGACGCCAGAGGGAGG